CGAUUCUGCAUCAGAUUUCAACAGGAAUCAGGAUUUCAAGCAGCAGGAGUUCAGACAAAAUACUAUGCAGGUGCAUUCAACUUCAAAAACUUGAAUAUAUAACAAAUCUUUUAUCUCAUGCUUGUGUUUUGGCUUUUUUGAGUUGAGAAAAAAUAUGCUGCAAUGAAGAUACAGCCUGCGAAAAAUUUUCUUUACAAAUUUUUUGGUUAUAUCACUGAACCUAAAAAAUAUAAACAAUUUCAUAUCUUAUCUGUGAUUUCAAUAUGACUUGAAUUGGUAUGGUCAAUCACAAACAUAUUUUAUUAACCAUAUUAUCAUUCAAAAGCUAAACACUGCGUUCAUUCUUUAAACAAAAAUGCCUGAAAAAAUAGACAUUUAUAAAGAAGAUAGUGGAAAAAUUUUCAAAGAGAUUCUUGAAACUGGAGAUGGGGAAUUAAUAGCAAUUGGAGCCUCUGUGAAAGUACAUUACACCGGAUAUUUGCUGGAUGGAACGAAAUUUGAUUCAAGUGAAGAUAGACAUGUACCCUUUCAGUGUAAUGUAGGUGUAGGGGAAGUUAUUGCUGGAUGGGAUAUUGGUAUUUGCUCAAUGAGAAAAGGAGAGCAUGCUAUAUUAACUAUCGACUCUAAAUAUGCCUAUGGUGCUGAAGGAAAUCCACCCGCAAUCAGACCUAAUGCAGUAUUAAAGUUCAAUGUGAAAAUUUUGGAUUGGGCAUAUGAGGAUUUAUCUCCAAAUAAAGAUGGUACUAUACAGAAGAGACAUACAUCAGAAAAAGGCAGUGGAUACUUGAGUCCUGCAAUUGGAGCAUACGUUCAAAUGCACAUCAUUGGAAAACACAAUUCGGAAGUUUUUGAGGAUAGAGAUGUAAUAUUUCGCUUAAAUUUAGAACUUCACGACAAAAUCGCUCUAGGAGUCAAAGGGGCUAUACAAAAAUUCAAAAUGGGAGAAAAAUCCACAUUGUUCCUCUCGCCAAGGCAUGUAUGUAAUAUAGAUUUUCCUAUUCAAGGAGGAAUAGUAGAGUAUGAUAUCCAAUUGAAAUGCUUUGAAAGAUUAGAAAAGUCUUGGUCUAUGGAUGAGGAUGAUAAAAUUCGGGUUUCGGAAAUGUUCAAAGAAAAAGGAAAUCAGUAUUUUAAGGGAAACGAGUAUAACAAUGCUAUAAAGUUGUAUCAGAAAAUUUUGAAGGAUAUACUGGAAAAAGAUGGUGAUCCAAUAAAAAAAAAUGAUGAAGAUUGUAUCAAACUAAUACUCAGCACAUAUUUGAAUUUAUCGUUGUGCUUCCUGAGGAUAGAGGAAUAUGAACAAGCCAGAGAUUCAGCUUUCAAAGCAAUAUCUUUAUCUUCCACCAACGAUAAAGCACAUUAUAGAUAUGCACAAGCGCUACUUGCCCUUUCAGAAUAUGAAGAGGCAAAAGAACAUUUCGAAAUAUGUUUGACAAUUGAUCCAAAAAAUUCUGAAGCUAAAAGUCAAAUAUCUAAAUGUAUGGCAAAUAUGCAGAAAAGCGCUGAUACAGAGAAGAAACGAUAUCAGAAUAUGUUUAAAAAGUUUGCUGAAUUUAACGUGAAAAAGGAAGAUGAAGAACAGGACAAAAGUUGAAUACUGAUGAAGGAGGUUGGCCAUCUAAGGUAUGAUUAAAAGGAUAUGGAUUGUUCGAGGUUGUUUAAAUGUUACCAAGGCUGAAAAUUUCGAAUUAAGUAUUGUUGUGUUUUGUUAAUUAUAUUUUAUAUAGUAAAUUUUUGAUAUUGCUACCAUUACUAA